AUGGUUCGAAACAGACAGCCUGAGCUCUACUCAGCGGCCAUCAUAACGUACACUGUAGCGGCUGCGGCGCUUCUUGAAAUGCGGUGGGGCCUGGGAAUACCCAUCAAAGACGUCAAUAUGUCUGAAGACUUGGUUUCCUACCACUUCUUCUUGGACCUUUGGAUUGACGAGUGGUUCUACACAUUCGCUAUUGGGGCAUCGAAGUUUGUUGUCCUGGGUCUUUACUGGAGAACGUUUUCUCUUUCAGUUACCCGGUGGCCCAUUCGCAUUCUGGGUGUCGUCUCCGUGUGCUGGGUGAUAGUCAGGAUCUUCCUCAUCACCUUGGAGUGCAAGCCAAUCGAAAAGUUCUGGCAUCAGAAUCUCGCAGGGGAUUGCCCUAUGUCCCCGAUGGUACCGCUCUUUGCGUCAAGCAUACCGCAUUUCCUCUUGGAGGUGGGUAUCCUGGUGUGCCCGUUAUAUGAGAUAUCGAGACUGCGUAUCCAAACAGCGCGGAAGUGGGCGAUGGGAGCCAUGUUUGGGGCAGGGACGUUGGUCUGCUGCUCAGCACUUGGCUCCAUCAUCCACUGCAUUCAGUUGGAUAGAAUGGCCGACAUAGACCUCACCUACGACGGUGUUGACGAUCAAAUAUGGGCAGUCUGCGAUGUCAAUCUCGCAAGCAUUGCGAUGUUUUACGUCACCCAGAUGCCUAUACUGAGAGUGCUAAUCACUGUCAGACUUGGCGACACUGCGGCGAUCAACCCGCUGACAUCCGUCACAGGACUGCACGCACAGAUGGAAGCUCGGGAUACUUAUCUCAAACUCACGUUAUGUAUGAGCUUAGUGCUUAUGCCUCUUGAUCAACAGAUAUUUAAUGAGCUCUCCCUCAAUUCCUUCCUGAACUUGAGCUUGAAACAGUUCUAUCUCUGA